UUCCGUGUGCGCCCGCAGCUUUUUGCCGGCUGGACGAUCGAACCGGUUAGGUUCCUACCUCUGGCAUCUGACUUCUUGCGUACACUCAACUCUUCUUUCGCGGCGCUCAGAGCGGGGACAUGAGUGUACCUGUGCCACCGCCUCCGGAUGGGGUCCUGACCGGGCCCUCCGACAGCAUGGAGGCCGGCGAGCCCACGCCGGGUUUAAGUGACGCUUCUCCAGAUGAAGGGCUGAUAGAGGACUUCGCUGUAGAGGACAAAGCUGUGGAGCAACUGGUGGGAGGCCUGCUGUCCCACUACUUACCAGAUCUGCAGAGGUCGAAGCAAGCCCUCCAGGAACUCACACAGAACCAAGUUGUAUUACUAGAUACACUGGAACAAGAGAUUUCAAAAUUUAAAGAAUGCCACUCUAUGUUGGACAUCAAUGCUUUGUUCACGGAAGCAAAGCACUAUCACGCCAAGCUGGUGAACAUAAGGAAGGAGAUGCUGAUGCUCCAUGAGAAGACAUCGAAGUUAAAAAAAAGAGCACUUAAACUGCAGCAGAAGAGGCAGAAAGAAGAGCUGGAGAGGGAGCAGCAGAGGGAAAAGGAAUUUGAAAGGGAAAAGCAGCUGACAGCCAAGCCAGCCAAGAGGACAUGAGAAGCCGAGCUGUGGGUGUCUGCUGCCUGUCACACCCCUGGCUCUCCAGUGCUGUGUACAGAGAGGAUGUAGAUGGUACCUUCUGCCAUGGGCAUGUUUGAAGUCCUUGCCAGGGUUGCUGUGUCUCUGUGACUUUAUUUCACUUCACUCAAGAAGCCUUGUUUUUGAUAUUUACAUUUUCAACUUUUGCUUAAUUUUAACAUUAUUUUGAUUUUAAACCAUUUGUAAACUGAAAAACACUUUGGUUAUUACUAGAGUCUGGAUACUAGUUCAAAAUAAGUACAAGUGUUUGAGCUUCUUGAGAAUCGAUUUUAAAGUUUCAGUUUCUCUUCUUAUGAUGACACUGUGACACUGAUUUUGGGCAAUUGCUUUUCAUUGCUUAAAGAGAAAUUCCAGUUGUCUGAUCAUAAGUCUCCCAGGAAGAAAACCCGAGCCUUUGUGAAGAACACUGGAAAUACCAGCACCUUAGAUAUGGAUUAGCGGAGGGGAUGCCAGACAUUCUUCCAGCUAUUCUCUGUUUUUCAGUGUUGGUGCUUAUAUAGAUUUUGGGUUUGAAGCAGGAUUCCAUCCAUUGCUGAAGCUGUGCAGUGAUGAUGGACCUGUCAGAUACUCUGAUGCGCAUAUCUGUGUUUUUUGUUUUUUUUCUCAGAUGGGGUCUCUACAAAAGCCUGGGCUAUCCUGGACUCACUCUAUAGACCAGGCUGGCAUCAGACUCACAGAGAUCCACCUGCC